AACAGCAGGGAAUGCCUUGGCUCCUAGAGCGGGACAGCAGCGUCUUAUGACUAACUAACAAAAUGUGUUCAUUCAAUGUGGCAUCCUAGAGACAUUUAACACUUUGCUACUGAACUGAUGCCAGCAUGAACAGUCGGAAAGUAUGCCAACAAAGGAACAGUCCCAUGCCAGUUGGUGUACCAGUUGUUUUUUCUGCUUCAGCCAAGAAUAUUGUCAAUUAGAAACUCUUCAUAUUGUUCAACAUUUUUUUUUUUUUUUAAGGAGCUACGCUUCAGAAUGAAGUAUUGAUGCUUGGAUCUGAGGAACACACAGCUCUAAUGCUGAUGGGGGUUGGCAUGAUUUCUAUGUUCUGCCAAACUCUAAACAAAAAACACUAGAACUAUAGGUAGGAUCGAUGAUCUGGGCAUUUGACACCUCGUUCUCUUUUCUCUUCACCAUCUUAAAAGAUUUAAACCUAACAUCCUUUGAAAUGCUCCUCUGAGAAUGAAGAACUUUGAAGAGGAAUUGUACAUGGUGUUUCCAGGUUGAAACUGAAGGAAAUUCAAUUCCAAGAGGGAUCCCUUUAACACAGUCAGAUUCUGACAGCUUUGGAGCUCUCAAGCCUUCAGAGUUUGAGCCUUUUCUGAAGAAUAAGCGGUGCAGUGUUUUUAGUUAGUUUUCUAGGAUGUUUGAGUAACACGGAAAAUCUAUCUCAGACAGCAUGUGCAGUGCUAUUUCUCUCCUGAUGCAGUGCAUGGUUUCCUGCGCACCCCACUCCUCCUCUCCUCCACCUACAACCCUGCGGCCUCAUCACAAUGAGCCCAGUCUGACUCAGUCUCCCACAAGAACUGCAGCUCCUAGUCAGUGAGACUGAGAAGGAAGCUGAAGAACGUUUCUGUGAAAAUGGUAAUCACUGUUGGCAAUGAUGAAGAAAAGGGCAUUCAAGAGAAGGAAAGCAAGGAAGAAUCCAUACUGGCAAUGCUUGGCAUUAUUGGGACCGUCCUCAAUUUAUUCGUCAUCAUUUUUGUGUACAUAUAUACAACAUUAUGAGCCAUUAAAUGUGCUAAGAAGAGGACUAAUUCAACAGUGAGCACUAGCAGUUGCAGCUAUUCACAUUCUGCUACAUUAAAUGAACUGGGACCUGUUUAAUUGCAGCAUAAAACGUUGCCUGCAGGCGCAGAAGAGAGUAACACAAUGAAGCCUCAAAGAUACAACACACUUUUAAUUUAAUGUUUUCCUGCAAAUAUGCAUGAGUAAAGGUUCACCACACCUUUCAGAUGGAAAAGCAUGUACCAGCUUUUCAGUCAGCUUUUUUUAUAAUAUGAUUAUGUGCAUCAUUUGUACACCAAUAAUAAAAUGGUAGAUGAGAUGAAUGGGCUUUGGCUGUGAACAGCAGAAUCACCCACUGCUGUCUCCACUGUGGACUCAAAGGCACCUGGCAAGCUCUUAAACAGGCUGAUUAUCAUUGGAUUAUCAUCGAAUUAAAGUGAAAAAAAGGUUACACAAUUUAUAUGAGCAUAUAAUGUUUUUUUGUUGUUGUUGUUUUUUUAAGGAAAAUUCUGUGAAUAUUCUGUAAAAGGUUUGUUUAUACUAAAAUGAUUUUGAUAUUUUAAAUAAAUAAUUACAACAUGCAAGUAAAAUGGAAUAUAGUAUAGGCUACGCUGUACAGUGGUAAGAAUUACUAAACACACGGAUGCAAUAAGUCAAGUGCUAGAAAUCCAAUGAGGAAAUAAAAUAAGAAACACGUAUUAUCUUGUCUACAAGGUAAACAUGCAGUAAUAGUGAUGUUUCUCUUCUGAUAUCUUUGGAUUAUUCAUGUAUAAAUUUGUUCUUACUGUACACU